GGGGUCAGGGGGAGGGACAGGAAGGACAGUGAUGGGGUCAGGAGGAGGGGCUCUGCUGUUUGGCGGGAGAUUGGAGUUACAGACGAGACACUGACACAGACCCUCACACACACCCACACACAGACCCUCACACACACCCACACACAGACCCUCACACACACGGACCCUGAGGUCGGGGGGAAGAGGCGGACAGACGCCGAGAGGGAGAGCAGAGCGCGGGCAGAGGGCGCACAGCCUCGUGAGUCGUGCUCGGCCCCCGACAGCCAUGGAAGGUAUAGAUGACCUGGAUGUGCUGGCUUCCCUGUUGGAGGAAAAUGAGGAAGAGACAGAGACGUUAGAGUCAAGUCUUCAGGAAGAGCCCAGCCUGGAGCAGAGCAAUCUCGAGGAGGAGGAGGAGGAGGAGGAGGACGAGGAGAGAGGGGAUCAGUGGGAUGACCUGUUCGAUGCCGAAGGGGAGGGGGUCUCCAGUGAGGCUGUCCACGCUCUGUUUGGGGACAUUGAUGACUUGGAGGAGGAGGAAGAUGAGAGCGACGGGGAAAAUACGACAGAGAUCCCAACCCGCCAAUCCCCUUCUCCCGAGCAAAAGAAAUCGGAAACAUCCAAACAGGAAUUAGAAGCGGAGCUGGAGCGGAUGAAGCAGCAGAUGGAGAGGUUACAGCAGCGGCUGUCGGCUGCCAAAAGCGAUCCUGGGCCCUCGAUCUCCACCGUCGCUGGUAAAGCGUCACCUCGACCUCCACCAAAGAAGCUGAGAGCACCGGAAAAGUCUGGGUGUAAUUCACAGAAGGUACACGAAAGCAGGGCCUUUCAGGAAGCUAUGCUCACCCCCUCUUCAAAGCCCAGGAACGGGCUACUGAAAAACAAGCCGCAGACCAGCCGAUCACCACCACAACAGCGCCCGGCACCAGAACCCACAGGGAGAACGAGUCCCACUCGCAAAGAGGCAGGAUGUACCCAGCUCCCACAGCCUCUGAAAUCCAGCAACAAAACCAACAUCACUGUCCCGAAACUUCCCACAACAACAAAGGAUCGCGAGAGACCGGGACCGUCUGGGAUUGUGGAGCAGGACAUUGCUGUGGACAGGUUCUCUGGCUUAAGAAUCAGAAACCCUUUGGUCUCGUCGACGGAGAUGGAGAGGAAGAUGCAGAGCCGGAAGAUGAUCCGUCUCUCCCAGCUGCGUUCCAAGCUGGCGACUGAGAACCUGGAAGCCACAGACUGGGUCACGUUUGGGGUUGUGUGUAAGAAGACGACGCCACAGAGCUCCAGCAAUGGUAAAACGUUCAGUAUCUGGCGACUGACUGACUUGUGCAGCUCCAGCCUCAACCUGUCCCUCUUCCUGUUCGGGAACGUCCACAAGGAACAUUGGAAAACCGAGACCGGGACCGUCAUCGGGCUACUCAACGCCAAUCCCAUGAAACCCAAGGAAGGGUCGGAAGAGGUUUGCCUGUCCGUCGAUCACCCACAGAAGAUCCUGGUCAUGGGAGAAGCCAUGGACAUGGGGUGCUGCCGAGCUCGGAAGAAGAACGGGGAACCCUGCACACAGAUUGUCAACUUGAGGGAGUGUGGGUAUUGUGAGUACCACGUCAAGGCUCAGUAUAAGAAACUGAGCGCCAAGCGAGCGGACCUGCAGUCCAGCUUCUCGGGCCACGGCCCCAGGUCAGGGCGGGGGAAGCCGGGCAACCUGAAGGAGCGUCUGUGUCACCAGGGCUUCCACUACGGAGGAGUUUCCUCUGCCUCGUACGCAGCCUCAGUCACAGCUGCGGGUCCCAAGAGAAGCGUUCAGACAACACUGAGUAACAUGGUGGUGAGAGGGGCCGACAUGAUCGUCAAAGAAACCAGGCAGAGGCUAGCGUUAGCAAAUGGAAAGAGCGCGACGAGCUUCACUGGGGAGUUUGAGGAAUUAAUGGAGGCGCCCUCGUUUGGAGCCCGCAACCUGAAGAAGCAUUUAAGCAAAUCCUCUCUGGCUGUGAGCAAUGCACAGCCCGGCUCCUCCAUCCUCUCCAUCUCGGCUUCUGACCUGUUGAAGCAGCAACGGCGAAAGAUCCUGGAAACACGAAAGAAGAGAACGGAAGAGUUACAGAAGAGCUUUAUGCAGAGCGCUGGUGGAGCGGUCGAUCGGGGUUCCGGGACCGGAACGCCGUCCCCGCUAGCGUCGCCCAGGGUCGGGGCUGGAUUUCCCAAAGAGCAGACGGUAACCGCGACCUCACAGGCUCCCAGACUGGGCAGAGGCUUUGCCGAAGGGGACGAUAUCUUGUUCUUUGAAUCAUCGCUGCCUUCAGCCGCGAAGUCGAGCGGCCGAACGGAUUCUAAAAAGAUUGCAGCCGUGAGUAAACUGCGCGAGAAGGGCACAGUGCUGGCAAAGGAAGACCCGAACUGCGUGAAGAGGAAGCUGUGCGACCUGAGUGGAGCGGCUGCCAAGGUGGCUGAGCGCGUGGAGCAAAGCCUUUCCUCCCCGGCUGGCGGAGAACCGGAGCCUGAGGAACCGAGCCUGAAGAAACGGCGGGAGCGAUUGGAAUACUUGGAGUCUCAAGAGUUUCAGCAAAUACUGAAUGCCAGGUCCAGACAUAUUGGCGCAGUUCAAGAGGCCGAGAUCGAGAUACAAGAGCAGUACUUCGAGCCCCUGGUGAAGAAAGAGCAAAUGGAGGACAAGAUGAGAACUAUCCGCGAGAUGGAGUGUCGGGUGGUGACCUGUAAAACGUGUAAAUACACGCACUUCAAACCCCUGGAGACCUGCGUGGCCGAGAAUCACGACUACCACUGGCACGACGCCCUCAAGCGCUUCUUCAAAUGCCCCUGUGGCAACCGGGUCAUUUCACUGAGCAGGUUACCCAGCAAAAGCUGCAGGAAGUGCGGUCUGUUUAAGUGGGAAAGGGACGGGAUGAUGAAGGAGAGGAAAGGUCCGAAAAUCGGUGGAGAGCUGCUGUUACCGAGGGGAGAAGAACACGGCAAAUUUAUCAACAGUGCAAAGUGAGAUCCCCUGCCCAUGGCACGGCUGGCGAGCUGCGCUGCGCUGUGCUGCGGUGAGCGCCAACACUUCAUCCCGCGAGACAGCGCUCUGUCUACAUGACCCUGGCGUGGCGAGGCGGUCGGGGUGGGUGGAAGGGGC